AUGGCUACCCAGCCCUCCCCAGAGGCGGUCGAAAUAGACGUUGUGGAAGCCGCCGUCGCUAAAGGGAACAUCAAACGUGGCAAGGCGUUGAAAGAUUGGCUUGGUGAUUGGAAAGAGAAGCAUGAUGAAGAUAGACCCGAAAAGAGGUUUCUAUUUGGCAAGAAAAAGGCCCAAAGGGGCGAAAGACCACCAACCCCGCCGGAGGUCGACGACCCUCUUACCAUCACCAACCCUCCAGAGACGAUUCAGUGGGAAGUGGACACCCGGCAGAACUUCCAGGCUCGGCUGAGUACUGAUCCCUCGUCCGAAACAACCCAACAUGUUAUUGUAGAUGCUGCCGCCAGCCCUCCACCUUCCUCUGCUUUUGACACCAAACGAUUGUGGUUGACCCAUGUACAUCACUAUACCUCUACUUUCGAUGGGCUAGAGCCAGGGGAGAGAGACUUCAACAGGCUUACGGCAAUACUAGGACCUAGGAAACCCGCUUCGGUAUUCGAAGAGAACGGACCAUGUGGGGCUAUAACACUCAACGCUUUCUCUCUGAAGGGGGUUCCCCGGGGCAUCUUGGGUGGAGUCAGACCGUACCUGCUACUCCACAUGGCAUGCUCAGGUGGGAGGAGGCGCAGGGCUGGUCGAACGGCCCGACUGAUGCGAUACAAGAAGUCCCUUGAGGGCUACCUCUGCAAUGAAGCAUUCGUAUUGCACGUUUACCAUCCUGUCACUGUCCUACGAGUCAGAGUAAUGUUGAGACGAUCGGCCUUGAACAUGUUGGGAGAAGAUGAGGUCCUUGGGGAAGUGCUCCUACCGAUACGCAAGGCCGUCCCUGGCCACACCGUUCAGGGCUGGUUCCACCUUGAACCCAGCGAGGCAUAUGAUGGACUGUAUUGUGGGAGGAUCAAGUUGUCGAUACGUGUCGACUACCUCUCGAAAAUCGAUCAGAUUUGUGCCAACUUCGCCACACCACCAGAGAAGCUGAGGCACCUCCCGAAAUACAACCCCGCUAAUGUGUAUACCUCUGCGAUGAGGAUCAAGGAACUGUUGUGGGAUAAGGGCUUACGGGACGCCUUCUUUGAUUUUAAGAAAGUCGGCCGAUGGGACCCCACGUGUCUGAGAGUGUCCGUCGUCCCCAUGCUGAUCUGGCUAGCCCUCUGUCGUUGGCUGCCGGGGGACCGGUGGUUCGGCAUGGUGACGCUCUUACUCGUCGCUAUUCUUACCAAGAGCUACUACCGCACUAAGGCCCGGGGCAGGCUGGGGUGCCUGGCGGGCAAUAGGGGAGGUGGACAGGCAGAGGCCGCCGCGAUGGUGCAGGCCCUCAGUGAGGUGAGGCCGAGAGGUGUUAUCGAUGACCUUUAUGAACAGCCUGGGUUCACCAAGCCGGCUGGCUUGAAAGAGAAGAAAAGGCAAAAGAACAUCCUCAAACAGAAUAGGAAACAUCGCAAUCUCGCCACGGGAGCUGUACACGGCUUUACGAAGGCGGGUGGGAAGAUCACCUCGGGCGUUGUUGGUGUGUUUGCCAGUCCAGUACGAGGCCUCCAACAGGAUGGUGCCAAGGGCCUCAUUAAAGGUACGGCUCUUGGCAUCACUGGUCUGGUUAGAGGCACAGUAGGUGGUGUUGCAGGAGCUGUAGCGGCAGUUGGCGCGGGGGCGGUGAACACUGGCAUUGCCUUGGGGCGUGGGACUGCCAAUGUCGUUGGUUUGGGCGACCAGUGUGAAGAUUGGUCCGCCACUGAAUCUGAGGAUUCGACUGAUGAUGAGGUGGAGGAUGUUGACGACAAUGCCGACCCUCUGCCGGAGUUUCAAGGCUCCAAGGGGUUGGGCUUCCUCUUCUUCUGCUCGAAGUUUGCACCGAAGAAUACUCAGGAGGGAGUAAGAUUCCUCCAGAGGAAGAUGUCGAAAUGGAUCAGAAUCACCACCGAGUACACGCGUAUUGUGCAGUGGGAGAGCGACUAUUCCGAAACACUAAAGUUGAUGUCAAUCCUGGUCGUUUUGACCAUCGUAGGAUUGCUCUAUCCACAAGCAUUUGGUCACCUGUGGUACGUAUUCACGUUAGCUCUACAGUGGGUGGUUCGACCAGUCAUCGGCUUGGUUGGAAUUGAACUACUCUCGAACGGGACUCGUCUGCCUCGGACUGUGAAUCGAGUGGUGAACGGUAUCUUGGGCGCAAGUCAGUGUUUCGGUGCGUGUGGUCUUGAGAAGAUGAAGUGCUUUACAGCGGAGGACGUCAAGCCGGAACAUAUAUGGCAGUUCGAUCCGCACAACAACCCGGAUGCAUUCCUCGAGGCUUUGAAGUGGAGGAGUAGAAAGGCGAAGGCACAGGAGGAUACCUUCUGAGUCAAUUGAAGCUGUUUUUUGGUACUUUUCCAAGUGUGCAUGUUUAACUCGUCAACUACGU